GAGCCAUCUACCAUAUCACGCAAUAUGGCCGCGCUCAUAUUUCCCUCUUGUCUCCUCGUCUCUUGUUCUUUUUUUAACCAGCUUCCUUCAGCUGAGUCAGAUCUUCAUCAUGAAGCAAAUUGUUUGUGAACAGACUGUCAAAGUCCCAGAGGGAUUGACUGUUACAGUCAAAUCUCGUUUGGUGACUGUUAAAGGACCCCGAGGUGUCCUCAAGAGAUCCUUCAAGCACUUGGCUCUUGACAUUAAAAUGGUUGGUCCAAGAACCUUGAAAGUCCAAAAAUGGUUUGGAACUAAAAAAGAGUUGGCUGCUGUAAGAACAGUUUGUUCUCACAUUGAAAAUAUGUUAAAGGGAGUCACCAAGGGAUUCCUUUACAAGAUGAGAGCAGUAUAUGCCCAUUUCCCAAUUAAUUGUGUUGCCACUGAAAACAACACAGUUAUUGAAAUUAGAAAUUUCCUUGGAGAGAAAUACAUUCGUCGUGUUAAAAUGUCACCAGGUGUUACUGUAUCAAACUCAACUCAACAAAAGGAAGAGUUAAUUAUUCAAGGUAACUCACUUGAAGAUGUCUCAAGAUCAGCAGCCCUCAUUCAACAGUCAACAACUGUUAAAAAUAAGGAUAUCAGAAAGUUUUUGGAUGGAUUAUAUGUAUCACAAAAAACAACUGUUGUCCAAGAUGAUGAUUAAUAAACAAACUUUCAAAAAAUAUACAUGUGUAAAAAAAUCUUUAUAAAGUUUAAAGAAAUUAUAAAAACAAAUAAUAGUAGUUUUUUUUUUUUUAAACUAUUUUUUACCUUGUUAAUUUUAAUUUUUUAAUAAUUUAUUGAUUUUUGAUUUCUUCGUUUUAUCAAUUGACUAGUAAUAUAUUUUAGACUUGACUAAAUAUUCAAAUAAUUUAUUGAAAAAUAAUUAAUCUGGUGGAUUAUAAUUGCUUAUAAAAAUUGACAAUCAACAAACUAGAGCAAUAAAUAAAAUGAAGAUAAAUAAAAUGAGCUUUAUAUAAUUUUUAUUUGCUUAUUUUAAUAUGAACACAAUGUUUUAAAUAACUACAAUAAUUCUUAAAUGAUCUAUUUCGUUGUCUUGGGCAGUUUUUUUUUUUUUUUUUUUUUUAAUAAAUUCGAUUUAUUUUUUUCACCAAAAAAACAUGAAAAAUUUACUGGUAAAUCCAUUUUUCAGCCCACGACGUCCAAUUCAUAAUUUCUUUAUCAGAAAACCAUAAUUUAAUUUCCAUCUUAGCAGCUUCAAGAUCAUGUGAUCCAUGAGUUAUAUUUUUUUCAAUUUGAUGAGCACAAAAAUCAC